AUAUUUCAAUUGAAAAGUAAAUCUCAUCAAACCUGUCUAUUUUUAAUUCUUCAAUCUUUGUUUCUUCAUCUCCACUUCAGCCUGUAGACCUAAAACGAAAGCUCCAACACAACAACUAGUUCGAUUCAUAAACAGAAUCAGUGCAUGCCGGAGAAAGAUGAAGAAACAUCUGAUCACGAAAAACAGUGGAUAAUCAAAAUCAGUAUGCGAGGAGGACUGUUACAUGUUAGCAGAAAUGGAAUUGGAACAACCAAAUCCUUCAUUUACAUAUGUUUGAAAUGGGUCCUCUGGCUCUCCCUUUCAUUCUACUUCUUCACCUCCUUCCUCAUCAGCCUCGAAUCAAACACAAACACAAACAAACCAAAACCCAUCUCUCACACCAAACCCGCCGCCGUUGUCUCGCGAGCCUUAUUUGAAUCAUCAGUUACGGCGGCGGUGGCGGCGACGACGACCCUUUCGUCUAAUUUGAAAGGAUUGAAGGUGUAUAUAUAUGAUCUUCCAUCGAAAUACAAUGUUGAUUGGCUCUCAAACGACCGCUGUGAAAAACAUUUGUUUGCGUCCGAGGUAGCGAUUCACAGGGCCUUGAUGACAAGCGAUGUUCGGACAAUGAAUCCGUCCGAGGCAGAUUUCUUCUUCGUUCCUAUUUACGUUUCUUGUAAUUUCAGUACUGUUAAUGGGUUCCCUGCCAUCGGACAUGCACGUUCUCUGUUCUCAUCGGCGAUUCGUCUCAUCUCGUCGGAGAAACCGUUUUGGAAUCGGAGUAUGGGGUCCGAUCAUGUUUUCGUAGCUUCACAUGAUUUUGGAUCAUGCUUCCACACCAUGGAAGAUGUAGCUAUUGCAGACGGGGUGCCGGAGAUGUUGAAGAAAUCUAUAAUAUUGCAAACUUUUGGUGUUAAUUUCAAACACCCAUGUCAAGAUGUGGAGAAUGUUGUGAUUCCUCCUUACAUUUCGCCGGAAUCUGUAAAGUCAACGGUGGCCAGCUUUUCAGGUGGUCGCCAGCGGCGUGACAUUUUUGCUUUCUUUAGGGGUAAAAUGGAAAUCCAUCCAAAGAACAUCAGCGGUCGUUUUUAUAGCAAGCGAAUACGUACAGAUAUAUGGGAGAAGUACAAUAACGACCGGAGAUUCUACCUGAGAAGGAACAGAUUUGUGGGUUACCAAUCGGAGAUAGCACGAUCGGUGUUCUGUCUUUGUCCUCUUGGAUGGGCACCGUGGAGCCCGAGGCUGGUGGAGUCGGUGGCUUUGGGUUGCGUGCCGGUGGUCAUAGCGGACGGAAUCCGGCUUCCAUUUCCGGAGGCCGUUAAGUGGCCGGAGAUAUCGUUAACGGUGGCAGAGAAGGACGUGAAGAAGCUUGGCCGUAUUCUUGAACACGUGGCGGCGACAAAUCUCUCCUACAUACAGCGGAACCUGCGUGAUCCGGCGAUUUCACGGGCGUUGCUUUAUAAUGAUCCGAUGGUGAUUGGAGAUGCCACGUGGCAAGUGCUUGUUGCACUCGCUCGUAGGUUGGAUAGUAGGUCGUGGCGGCGUUCGUCUGCUUUUGGCCAAUAGAUUGUCGACAUGUUAUUUUGGUUUUGAUGUAUAUGUGGGGUCUCAAAUUCAAAUUGGUUAGAUUAGUAAAUAAUAUUAUUAGAUAGAUAUGGAUGGAUGCACAUAUACAUACAUAAAUACAA